AUGGCUCUGGCGGAGCUGCUGCCCGAGCACGAGCGCCUGCUGGCCGCCGGCGCACUGCUGCGGGAGGUGGCGGCCGCGCUCGAGCGCGCGCUGCUGGACGGCGGCCCCUCACGGCUGUUUGUGCCGGCCGACGUGGAGCUCCUGACAGCCGACCUCUCAUCCCUCAAACAGCUCUUCUUUGCCGACGGCGACGGCGUGCCGUGGCAGGACGUUGACUCAGCGCUUGCGGGCGUAACCGCCCUGCUGACCGUGAUGGAGGCCCCCACCGCGGCCCUCAUCCAGCGACACACCGCCGCGCGCCGCGCGGCGCUGCUCGCCGCCCCCUCGGGCCGUGCCGCCGGCGGCGCAGGACUGAGUCCGCUGAGCAGCCCUCGUGUCGGAGGCGGGGGCGGCUUGCUAUUGCAGCAGCAGCAGCAGCAGCAGCAGUUGGGGCCGCUCGGCGCUGCGGGGUCGAGGCUCGCGACAGUAUCAAAUAUCAGCAGCAUUCUGGGAGGCGUGGGCGGCGGCGGCAGCAGCGCAGCAGCAGCGGCGACGGCGCUCUCGCAGUACGGCUACCCUCGAAUCAGCGGCGACGGCGGCGGCGGCGCCGCCGCACAGCAGCCGUCCGGCUCGCGCACGCCGCCGCCUGCGCCCGCGGUGCCGCGGGGGACGGCGGGGCACCGGCGGACGAGCAGCGCAGGCAGCGCGGUCAGCGUGGCGAGCGUGAGCGCGCUGCAGGGGGGCGGGCAGUUUACAGCGGUGGGGCCGGCUGACAUGGGGAACAACGACCAGGUCCUGCUGCGUGUGCUGUGCCACAGGGCCGACCACGCCGCCUCAAAGUACCUCAAAGACUCGGUGCGCAUACCCAAGCUGAGGGACGAGACCAUAAAGGAGACAGUCAGCCGCAUCACCAACAAGAUCCUGUGA